AAAAAGGAAAGAAAAGAAAACUAAAAAAUAGAAAAGUGUAUAGAAAAGCGAGACUUUCUCACAAAUUAGCCAACACUAUUGUUAUUUGCGUCAUUUUGGUUCUUUUAGUUUUUUCUUUCUCUAUAUAAAUUCAGAACGCUGUGUUGCUCGGCCAACCAACAAAAAGGUUAAAGUAAAAUAAACAAAACAACAAACCAGAUACCAACAACAACAAUCUCGCCAUGGAUAUACUGAAGAAAAUGUUCCAAUCGGAGUUUGACCAGCAGCAGCAGCAGCAGAAGGAGCAAGACGCUUCCGCUUCCGCAUCCGCUUCGAGCAAGGAUGAGUUCAGGAAGCCGCAAUGGUUUGAGGAGGCGGAAACGGAUGAUGAACUCUUCGAUGAUGAUCGCAAGUUUGCGUUCCAGGUCUUCACCAGCCCAAUGGAAAUGGAAAAACACUUUGAGCGUCAACUGCAGCGUCUCCUGGAGUCGAUACAUGAGAACAACGAGGAUGCUGGCGUUGAGCGCAAUCUGAAGGAGGACUUCUUGAAGCCGGGAUUCGAAAGCAAGAUACUCAAGGAGUUUCAGAAGAAGGCAAGUGCGCUGGACACCGAUUUGGAUGGAGAAAUUUAUCCGGAUCAAUUGUACUCGCUGAUACAGCGUCUCAAUCCGGAGGAAGGCAACGAGCAUAUUUUGCCGUCGAAUCAACGUGGUCUGCGCAAGAGUUUGCCUCGCUUCAAGCUUUCGGAUGAGGAGCUGAUCAUGGGUCGCAUCCAUGGCACCCUCAAUGCGGAUGGCGAACUGAAGCCGGGCGUAAUGCGACCCUCACGCCCCCCGCCGCCACCGCCGACCGGCAAGCCCAGCAUCAUGACACCGAUGACCCCGUUUGGUGGCGUUUUCGAUGGCACCUAUCAGGGCCCGAAGAUGUUUAGCCAGAGCGUCAUGACGAAGACGAUCCGCAAACCGGAUGGCAGCUAUGAGACCACCAAAGUCACCCAGGACUCGUCCGGCCAGAAGACGACAACCGUUACUCGCAUCGUAGAUGGUCGCAAGGAGACGACUGUCAGCCAGGAGGAUGGACUGGCCUCCAAAUCGCUGGGAGCAGCAGUCGGAGAGGGAGCAACUGGAUCUGCAACUGGUACUGGAGCUGAUCGUGUGGCGAACAUGAAUCGCAAUAUAUUUGUGACAAAAGAAGGUUACGCCAUGCCCAGGAACCUCUGGUGACCAGUGGUGAACAGCUAUUGCCCCAAUCAAGAUAAGCGAUCAUUGCUGCCACUCCAGCGACAGCAGCAACAACAACAAUAUGAAUAUAAGCAAAAGCGAUUCGUCGGCAACAUAGUCCCACACAACAACAACAACAACAACAACAACAACAGCAACUACAACAACAGCAAAAGCAACAACAACAUCAAAAUCAUCCAAAUUAGAACCUAUUACAUUUUAGUUUACAUUCUCUUCAGUGUUUGUUGGUGCAUUUUUAGAUGAAACGCAAUUGAGACAACUACAGAUGACGACGAUUAUUGAUUGACCAUAUAUUGAUCAUUAUUUCCGCAGC